UACACAAUAGUGAAGAAGACAUCUGGUGAGUGUGAGACACCCAGCAGCCAUCCCCGUGUGUCAGGAGGACUAAGCAGGACGUAGAGCCCCAUCACAGUGCCUCCACCUCACUCACUGAUACAUGAGAGACACAAUGACUAGAAGAUCCUGGAACUCACCAACAAGAUCAUUCAGCUGCUGACUGGAGAGGGAGGAGGAGUGUAUAGAGGAACACAGGGGUCUGUACAAGGACGUGAUGAUGGAGAAUCACCGGCCCCUCACAUCUCUGGAUGGACCCAUUAACAGAGAUACCCCAGAGAGAUGUCCCCGUCCUCUGUAUUCCCAGGAUUGUACAGAGGAGAAUCACGGGAUCCCACAGGAGGAUCAGGUAGAACGUCUGUCUGAUAUUAAAAUAGAAGAUAUAGAGGGAGAAGAAGAGACGUAUGUGACUGAUAUAAAGGCAGAAGAUAUAGAGGGAGAAGAAGAGACAUAUGUGACUGAUAUAAAGGCAGAAGAUAUAGAGGGAAGAGAAGAGACGUAUGUGACUGAUAUAAAGGCAGAAGAUAUGGAGGGAGAAGAAGAGACGUAUGUGACUGAUAUAAAGGCAGAAGAUACAGAGGGAGAAGAAGAGACGUAUGUGACUGAUAUGAAGGCAGAAGAUAUAGAGGGAGAAGAAGAGACGUAUGUGACUGAUAUAAAGGCAGAAGAUAUAGAGGGAGAAGAAGAUACGUAUGUGACUGAUAUGAAGGCAGAAGAUAUAAAGGGAGAAGAAGAGACGUAUGUGACUGAUAUAAAGGCAGAAGAUAUAGAGGGAGAAGAAGAGACGUAUGUGACUGAUAUAAAGGCAGAAGAUAUAGAGAGAGAAGAAGAGACGUAUGUGACUGAUAUAAAGGCAGAAGAUAUAGAGGGAGAAGAAGAGACGUUUGUUACUGAUAUAAAGGCAGAAGAUACAGAGGAAGAAGAAGAGACGUAUGUGACUGAUAUAAAGGCAGAAGAUAUAAAGAGAGAAGAAGAAACGUAUGUGACUGAUAUAAAUGCAGAAGAUAUAGAGGGAGAAGAAGAGACGUAUGUGACUGAUAUGAAGGCAGAAGAUACAGAGGGAGAAGAAGAGACGUAUGUGUCUGAUAUAAAGACAGAAGAUACAGAGGGAGAAGAAGAGACGUAUGUGACUGAUAUAAAGGCAGAAGAUACAGAGGGAGAAGAAGAGACGUAUGUGAGGGGUGAUCAGCAGUGUAAGGAGGAGGAAAUCCCUACAGAUAUCAGCACAGCAGAUGGACACACAAGCAGGAAUAUCUCAGAAGGACAUCUAAUUUUAUCCCCGGAUUGUGACAUAAAAGAUAAUGACAGUAGACAGGAUUCUCCAGGAGAUAACCCUAUUACCCCAAUUGUAUAUCCAGCUCUAUCAGCUGAUCCCUCUGAUCCUGGGAAAUGUUCUCCUGAUCACACUGAUAUUGGUGCAUCUGUUACAGCACUGACAGUAGAUACAGUGUUUCCCUGUUCUAUAGAUGCCAAAUGUUUUACACAAAACACAAAGCCUAUUACCCAUCAGACAGGUAAGGCAGGUGAGAGGCCAUUUCCAUGUUCUAAGUGUGGGAAAUGUUUUGCUCAGAAAUUAUCUCUUGUUAUACAUGAGAGAAGUCACACAGGUGAGAAGCCAUUUUCAUGUUCUGAGUGUGGGAAAUGUUUUACAUCCAAAUCAUAUUUUGUUAUACAUCAGAAAACUCACAUAGGUGAGAGUCCAUUUACAUGUUCUGAGUGUGGGAAAUGUUUUACACGUAAAUCACAUCUUGUUCAACAUGAGAGAAGUCACACCGGUGAGAAGCCAUUUUCAUGUUCUGAGUGUGGGAAAUGUUUUACACGGAAAUCACAUCUUGUUCAACAUGAGAGAAGUCACACCGGAGAGAAGCCAUUUUCAUGUUCUGAAUGUGGAAAACGUUUUUCACACAAGUCUUGUCUUGUUAUACAUGAGAGAAAUCACACCGGAGAGGGGCCAAUUUCAUGUUCUGAGUGUGGGAAAUGUUUUGCACAGAAAUCAACUCUUGUUAGACAUGAGAGAAGUCACACCGGAGAGAAGCCAUUUACAUGUUCUGAGUGUGGGAAAUGUUUUUCACUAAAAUCAAAUCUUGUUCAACAUGAAAGAAGUCACACUGGAGAGAAGCCAUUUUCUUGUUCUGAGUGUGGAAAAGGUUUUUCACACAAGUCAUAUCUUGUUAUACAUGAGAGAAGUCACACCGGAGAGAAGCCAUUUUCAUGUUCUGAGUGUGGAAAAGGUUUUUCACACAAGUCAUAUCUUGUUAUACAUGAGAGAAGUCACACAGGUGAGAAGCCAUUUGCAUGUUCUGAGUGUGGAAAAGGUUUUUCACACAAGUCCUAUCUUGUUAGACAUGAAAGAAGUCACACAAGUGAGAAGCCAUUUUCAUGUUCUGAGUGUGGCAAAUGUUUUAUACGGAAAUCACAUCUUGUUAGACAUGAGAGAAGUCACACAGGUGAGAAGCCAUUUUCAUGUACUGAGUGUGGGAAAGGGUUUAUACAGAAAUCACAUCUUGUUAGACAUGAGAGAAGUCACACUGGAGAGAAGCCAUUUUCAUGUUCUGAGUGUGGGAAAGGUUUUAUACGGAAAUCACAUCUUGUUCAACAUGAGAGAACUCACACAGGUGUGAAGCCAUUUGCAUGCUCUGAGUGAUUAAUAAAUCAGCUCUUGUUGGACAGAGUAGACAUCACACAGGUGGUGAACCAUUUUAAUCUUCUGGAUAUACUCAUCUUCACCAUUUCCCUGCAAUGUUCCUUCAGGUUUUAUCUUAUGUCCUGUGUUUUUUUUACAAUAUACAUGCUGCUACUGGGUGAAAUAAUAAGACGUCAUGUCCUCCUUUACCUCUGCUAUGCAGAUAACCUGUCUUUGCUCCGGGUACUGAAAACAAUACCAAUACUAAAUGUCUAGCUGAGCUCCAGAUGUGGGUGAUGCAAGUUGGCCAUGACUCAGUCCUAGUGAAACAGGUCCAUAUGCUAAUGCAUGCCGACUCGCCUGUCUUCUGAUUACUUCCACUCCUAUCCAAGAUUUUUCACGUGCUGCUCCCUUUCUCUGGAAUUCCCUACCUCUCCCCAUCAGACUCUCCACCUCUCUACAAAACUUCAAACGGGCUCUUAAGACCCAUUUCUUUACCAAACCCAGCCAACUGUCAUCCUAACCCUCUGUUCCACGCUCUCUAUGUACCCCAUCUGUGUCACCCCUGUCUGUCUAUCCCUCCCCUUAGAAUGUAAGCUCUCACAAGCAGGGCCCUCUUCCCCCAUGUGCUUAUCCUUUUCUUACUUUAAUAAUCCUCAACUGCCCAAAUCCUGCAGUUUUUUGGCCAUCCUGGAACUUAUCUCUAUGUCAUUUACUGGUGUAGUUAUGCUUAGUUACCCUGUACUUGUCCUAUAUUGUCUUCAACUGUAAGUCACUGUUUUCCUGUUUUGAUUAUGUGCACAUGUACUCUGUAAUUGGGUGCUGCGGAACCCUUGUGAUGCCAUAUAAAUAAAGGAUAAUAAUAAUAAUGUAG